GGCAGCAUCGGCUGUGGCAUCACCAACAUCAGCAGCAGCCCUGGGCAGCCUCGGGCGGGGCCGGCCGGAUAGACAGACGGACAGAAGGCGCCGGUGGCGCGCGCCCCGGCUCGACUGGCCAUGGAGGGCGCCUCUUUCGGCGCAGGCCGCGCGGGGGCCGCCCUGGACCCCGUGAGCUUCGCGCGGCGGCCGCAGACCCUGCUGCGGGUGGCGUCCUGGGUGUUCUCCAUCGCAGUCUUUGGACCCAUCGUCAACGAAGGCUACGUGAACACGGAUAGCGGCCCCGAGCUACGCUGCGUCUUCAACGGAAACGCGGGCGCCUGCCGCUUCGGCGUGGUGCUUGGCCUGGGCGCCUUCCUCGCCUGCGCCGCCUUCCUGUUCCUCGACCUGCGCUUCCAGCAGAUCAGCAGCGUCCGCGACCGCCGCCGCGCGGUGCUGCUCGAUUUAGGCUUCUCAGGGCUCUGGUCCUUCCUGUGGUUCGUGGGUUUCUGCUUCCUCACCAACCAGUGGCAGCGCACGGCGCCCGGGCCGGGCACAGCGCAGGCAGGAGACGCAGCCCGCUCUGCCAUCGCCUUCAGCUUCUUCUCCAUUCUCAGCUGGGUGGCGCUCACCGUCAAGGCCCUCCAGCGGUUCCGCCUGGGCACCGACAUGUCUCUCUUCGCCACCGAGCAGCUGGGCACAGGGGCGGGCCAGGCCUACCCCGGCUACCCGGUGGGCAGCGGUGUGGAGGGUACCGAGACCUACCAGAGCCCGCCUUUCACCGAGACCCUGGCCACCAGCCCCAAAGGAUACCAGGUGCCUGCCUACUAG